UUCCGACCAGAGAGUGAGAAAACGCACCGGCCGCAGCUCUGCUCUGCUCCGCCGUUAAUCGAUCCCCGUUUGCUCGCACAAGGGUGUUGGUGAGCGACCCCCUAAAAGGCAGGCAGGCACGCCGCAACACAGCUGAUCGCGAGUAGCAGAAUCAAUGCGCGCCACGCCGCCGUCCGCCUGGUCGCGCCGGUAACGAUCGCGAUCACCGCUGAGUGCCGCGUCAGACAGUCUUUUGGCGUCGUCGCAGUUUGACCGAACGGAGAAGACACGCGCGAGACUUGAUCCCGCGACCGACGAGGCGAGUAGCGAGUUUUUCAAGUGUUUUGUUGUGCCUGCUGCGAAGAUCAUCGAUUUCAACGGCUUUUUUUUUUUUCGUGGGGACAGUGGAAAAGGGGAAUCCCUUUCAUUAGUGACAUCACGACGCCGUUCAGGGAAUCACUUUCCGGAUGAGUUGAGAUCAAAUGGAUCAUAAUCAAUUUGAAUUUCGUUGAAUCGACUACGAAGGUGCCAAUCGUGGGGAAGUGCAUUCGCUAAGUGUUCUACGGCCAGGUGUAACGCGUGCUUAUAUCUCAAGUGCAGUAUGCGGUUGUUCGAGGACGACAUGUGCGAUACUCAGCACGCGUGAAGUUCGUUUGGAUCGGAAAUUCUAGUGGAAGUGCGCUUAUCUCCAUUCAGCUCAGCUAACAAACAGCCAGAGCAAGCAAGGGCCAAUGAUUAUCGGUGGAUUAAGUGGUUCUCUCGAUGCCCCCUCUCUCAAUUGCUAAACAAAGAAAGUGCUCCUCUUGGCGUGUGAAUUAGCUGCCAAAUUGCGGCUUAAAGGUCAGCGAGUGUGUAGUGUUUGUGUGUGUUGUGAGAUGAUAUGAGUGUUGCAACAACAUCAGUGGAUCCACUCAACAACCCCCGUGUAGUGAGCAAUUUGGUAAAAUUAAUCUCAGCCCAGCGUUGCUCUACUGGUGCCUCCCCCACAAUCUACCGGGUAAUCAUCAAAGGAAGCAGCAACAACAACGGCAGGCCAAGUGGCGGCCACGGGAAACUACCGCACCACUACGGCCACCAGAAAGAUGUUGGACACUGGCAGGAAAAAGAGAAAUGGUGCCAUGUCGGUAUGGAGCACUAGCACAGCGGGAAUCGACACAGUGCUAGCCACCACCCUAGGAGCUGCCAUCAACCAGAAAACCUUCAGUACAAACCACCUGCCCAGUGCCGGCCUAGUGGUGACUCAGAUCCCGAACGGCACCACCGGAGCCACCAAUCUAGGCGCCCAGCAGCAGCACCAACAUCAGCAUCAGUUGAAUUUUGUGAGCGCCGCCAGCAAUAGUGCACUGAACGGCGGAAGUGGGUUUACCCAUGUGCACCUGCUGACGACACCGGCCGGAAACGUAGGCACUGACCGCAGCAGCGGCGGAGGUGGCCCGUUCAGCAGUCACAGCACCAGCAGCAACAGCAAUCACAGUCAUUCCCCGCCCAGUCACGGAGGGUCGUACGCGCACAACAAUAAUAAUUCCGUCGGCUGGAACAACCGAACCAGUAUUUGCAGCACACACAACAAGAGACGCUCACACAUCAGUACAAUGUCACAAUCCGGCGACGAAUACAACUCCCCAAACUACCUGUCCUGGCGGAAGCUGCAGCUCAGCCGAGCCAAGCUGAAAGCAUCCAGUAAAACGUCUGCGCUUCUGUCCGGCUUUGCCAUGGUCGCCAUGGUCGAGGUCCAACUAGACGAACACACCACCGUUCCGCCCAGCAUGCUGAUCGCGUUCGCCAUCUGCACCACUCUGCUGGUGGCGGUCCACAUGCUGGCCCUCAUGAUCAGCACCUGCAUCCUGCCGAACAUCGAAACCGUAUGCAACCUGCACAGUAUCUCGCUGGUGAACGAAUCGCCCCACGAGCGCCUGCACUGGUACAUCGAGACGGCGUGGGCCUUCUCGACCCUGCUGGGCUUGAUAUUGUUCCUGUUCGAAAUUGCCAUCCUCUGCUGGGUCAAGUUCUACGACCUCAACACGACGGCGGCCUGGUCCGCGUGCAUUGUCCUCAUCCCAGUGCUGGUCAUUUUCGUGGCCUUUGCGCUGCACUUUUACCGGUCGCUCAUGACGCACAAAUACGAAGUAACCGUUUCCGGCAUCCGGGAGCUGGAGAUGCUCAAGGAACAGAUCGAACAGGACCACCUGGAUCAUCACCACCAUCACGGCCCACCGUACCAAUCCGUGCAGAUCGUUUGAUCCUACCAUGGAAACCAUGGACGCCGCAACGUGCGAGUGAAUCUGUGAUUGUGAUUUCUUUUCGUUUUACCGUAGUUACUUGAAACUCUUUACCUUUGUUGAAUCUUCUUUUUUAUCAGAGUCGAUCUUUAUGUUCUUUUUGUUUUAUACUCGUCAAAGUAAUCUAGUUUAAGGCACCUCGGAUCAAAGUAGCCUCAUUUCCUAUUUGUUUCCCGUUUCCCAGAAGCCACCUACUAAUAUUGUGAUUAUGCGCUUAUUUCAAGUGAACGAAAGACAUAUUAUAGCCCUUAGUUAGACCACGUCGUUAAGUAAAUUUAUUAUGAGCUUCUACCUUACUUUGAAAGCAAACGAAGAUGAUUUUAUACAUUAUACGUAUUGUUAUAUUCUCUUUAUCACAAGAACGAAGAUAUGCGUAUGUAUAAUUUUGAUGAUGUUCUCUAAACACAUAAUCGUAUAAUUAGAGGUUUGAAGUAAACCGCCUGCGCAGGUUGUAAAAUAUUUAGUGUCGUCAUCCAAAACCGCAAAUCCACUAAUUUAAAGAAAAUCACAAACAAUAAACAAAUAUUUUAUAUGAAA